UCGGAGCUCUCUCUCACAAACGUUGAAGGAUGUAUUCAAGGCCUCCCUGAAACCCAAACGAAGAACAAUGUCUGAUUCAUGGGACAGGACAACCAAGGUGUCUUUGUUCCAUUCAAGCUCACGAAUAAUCGAAAACAUCAAACAAAUGACGGAGAAAACCCUAGCCGAAAUCGACGGCAAUGGCGAAACGCAAAUCCCACAGGGAGAGAGAAAGAGAGGAGAGAAAAUCAGGCUACCGUUCUGCUUCAGCAACGGCGGAUAUCUUCGUCAAGAAAGAUUUAGUAGAGUGACGCUUCGAAAUUCGCCCAUGGCGCACCCAUAUCUCGUCGGUAAAUCACCGAUUCGAGAAUCCUCCGCCGCAAAAGCGGCCACCGUCGCCGGCAAGAUGCUGUCGAAAUGGCAGAAGGGGAGAGAGAAGAAGAAGAAGAAGAUGGACAUUUAGGGUUUUAAGGUAGGGAAAACCGUAGCUCAGUUCCGAUAACAGGCGUCUCCAUGAGAGAGAGAGAGAGAGAGAGAGAGAGAGAGAGAGAGAGAGAGAGAGUUUCCGAGAAGUGAGUUUCCUUUUUUCUCACCCAAAAGAAAGAACAAGAAAAAGGCAAUAACCGACGAUUUCACUUUUCCGGUGUUAAGAGAUUUCCUAAAGAAAAAAGGAAACACAAUUUCCGGUGGAAGAAAAAAGGAAAAAAAAAAACAAAUCCGCCAUGAAAAAAAAUAGAGAGAGAAUUGUGUUCAUAUUGAAAAGCAUGCCAUAUAAAAGGAGACAUGAACAGUACACAACUAUGUCCCCUCACCAAAUCUCUCUCUCGUAAUCUGUCUGAGAAUUCAACAAUGGGAGGGAGGAAGAGAAAGAUUCCAAUGGAGAAAAUCGAGAAGAAAGAGUCGAGAUCCGUAGCGUUCUCUAAACGGCGGGAAGGUCUUUACCGCAAAGCUUCUGAGCUCUGCCUUCUCUGCGACACUCGCAUCGCCAUUUUAGUCACUCCUCCUUCUGCCAAAUCCAACGUCUCCUUCUACUCCUUCGGCCACUCUUCCGUCGACGAUGUCGUCGAUGCUUUCCUCCACAACCGACCUCCGACAUUGUCCGACGACCACGCCUUGUCCCGCAUUCGCGCGGCGAAGAACAAGGAUCGCUUGGCGGGAAAGAAACCGAGUUCGGGACUGGGGUUUCGCUGGGAGGAGGAUGGGUUCGAGGAAACGGAUAACAUACGGGAUUUGGAGGUCGCCAUUUAUGAGAUCUCCGAGCUCAUGAACAGCGUGAGACUCCGACAGAACGUCAUGAAGAAUCAGAGACCUCGUCUCGUGGAGACGACGAAGCUUGGAGAGUCAUCGGUUCAGGGUUUGGACAACGAUGGCGGAAAGCAUGACGAAACUCUUGCCGGAGACCUUGCGCCGCAAGUUUCAGACCAACCCAUACACACAGAAGCCAUAGCGAAUUCUGAUAUCUGUUUCGAGGAAUUGGGAGAAGAGCCAAGAAUGGGAGAGGCUAGUUUGCUGUCUGAAAAUGAUUUGAAAGAUCCCGUAGAUGGAAUCAAUUUUGAUGAUUUCGCUGACUUCUCAUUUGAUUUCUAAGUAAGAAGUUGGAUUC